AUGCCUGGCAGGUCAUUCUACCCAUUGCAGAGUCCUGACUUCCGGAGUUUUGCACUGCCUGCAAAGUGGGGGGUGAAGGAAUCCAAAGCACACACAGGCCCCAGAAUUCACCCCAGUCUGAAAUUCUUUGGCCUCUCAGUUUCAGACUCACUGCACAUAGCAAUUUUGGCUUCCAUACUUUCUCUUACCAUUUACUGGAUCAUCAGAGACAGAUACAGAGUGAGAAAUCUGAAUGGAAAGCAUGUCUUCAUAACAGGCUGUGACACUGGACUUGGAAACUCACUGGCUAAAUGGCUUGACAAAAAGGGAUUUUGUGUCAUUGCUGCAUGUGCCACCAAAAAAGGAAGCCAAGAGCUACAGUCCUGCUCUUCACUCUCACUGAAGACAGUGAAUCUGAACUUGGCAGACUCCAACAGCAUUGCCAGGGCUGUGGUGUUUGUGACUGAACAGACAGCUGGCAAGGGGCUUUUUGGUUUGGUGAGCAAUGCUGAAGGAACAGCACCCGUAGGACCCACUGACUGGCUGAGGAUUGAAGACUUCCAUUCAGUCCUGGACGUUAGCCUGCUGGGAUUGAUUGAAAUCACACUCAAGCUUCUGCCACUUCUGAAAAAAGCUGAGGGAAGAAUUGUCAAUCUAAUUAAUGCCAAAGGCCUCAUGGCUUUUGUAGGCGGUGGCUACAGUCUGUCCAAAUGGGGCAUGGAAGCUUUCUCUGACACCUUACGGAAGGAAAUGCAGCAUUUUGGAGUGAAAGUAAGCAUUGUUGAGCAUGGUUUCUUUAAGGCAGAAGAAGUUAAUUCAGAUAUCAUUGAGAAAUACCUCUUCAAACUUUGGAACAGAUUGACUUCUGAGAUCAGGGAUUCCUAUGGAGAAAAAUACUUAAUUGAAUAUAUAAAAGCCCAAAGAUCAUCAGUGAAAAGACUGUGUGACUAUGAUAUUUCUAAUGUCAUAAAAUGCAUGGAACAUGCCCUGAUAGCAAAGUAUCCCAGGACACGAUACAGAGCUGGAUGGGAUGCAAAGUUCUUCUGGCUGUUUCUCUCCUAUGCCCCAAGCUGUUUGUCUGAUAUGCUGUUGCGCAUUACAUUUCCAGCUCCAGCAGAGAGCAGGAGACCAGUUCAUGGAGUUCUAAUUAAUGUCUAGUAUUAAAACAGAAUCAUCUGUGCAGAAAUAAAUGUUUAUCCUAUCAAAACUAGAUGUCCUCUUCUCUACCAGUUACAAGACUGUUAAAAUACUUUUCAGAAGACACUUUCUCCAUCUCUUAUCCCAUCUUACCUGAAAUUCUGAGUUCACAGGUAGGCUUGUAAAUCCAGCAUGUUUUUGAAGGCUGUUGCUCAAAAAUUAUGCCCCUAUAGGAUCUGCAUUCAUAAAAUCUUCAGCUGCAAAGCUAGUUAAUACUAUUCACACAUGACAUGAAGUCAAAUAAUGACAAAGUCUAGCUAUUGCAGCAUAUUCCAGAAAUUACAAUUAUAGUAUCUGAAUCCUUGAUUAUUGAAUUCUGCAGAAAAAAACACAAGUAAUUUUACAGAUAUACAAUUCUAGGGAAAAUCAAAUCUCCACGGUUCUAUGCAACCAGAGUAUCAAAAUGCAUAUUUUAACUUCCUUCCUAAUAUUAAUAUAGUUUAUGGGGAAAAUACAAAAACAAUAUGCAUUCAUGUUAUGUUUCAUCCUCAGUGUGUUUUGCAAGUUAAAUGGAACAUUAUUUCAUUUAUCAGAUGAAAUAGGUCAUUUGUGUAGGUUACAGGAAAUUAUUUCAGUUGUACAGAGCGGGUUCAGAGUGGCAAAACAUAAGUUGAGGUUACUGUGCCUUUUGUACACUAUAUCUCUCAAGCUGUUGGGCAGAGGCUCACAAAUCAGUGCUCCAAGAGAUAUUAAAAUUAAAGGGGUAAAGGUUUUAUUUGCUGAAGUGCUGUGAUGGUGAUUAAUCAUUAAUGUAAAAUUCAAUUAAGCUUAAAAAAAUACCAUGUGCAGGUCAGAACUCCAAACAUAAGAAAAGAAGUUUCAUCACUGUAUGUGAGAGUGUGUGUGUGUUUGCAAUGGGCAAUAAAAGGGCAGUAUGUAAAAAGUGUUAAUAACCUUUAAGUAUUUAAUUGAAGUUCAAUUCUUUAGCAAAUGGCUUCAAGAAUAAAUUUAUUUUACUUCAUUUCAUAAUAAAUACCUGCUGAGAGAGAAAUCUUUCUAUCUGGCCUGGCAGCUCUAAAGAGAAUGUACAUGAAAAAAUUAAUGGUAUAAUUUAGCAAC